UGAUUAUAUGUGUUCUUUCAAAUGAUGAUAAACAAUAAUAAUUUGACUUAACCUUGUAUAUAUACACAACACGAGUACAAAAACACGAUUGAAAACAAAAACAAAUGUAUAAUUUCGGAUCAAUCACAUUGUAACAUAUUGGACAUUGGUAUUUAAUCUUUUUGAAUGAAAAGUUGCCUUGAAAUGAAAAAAAAUAUAUUGUCCGUUGUUGUUCAUCACGACACAAGAUGAACAAAAAAAAAAUGAAACAAUUAGAAAUUUGUCAAUUCGAAUGACUGAAUGAAUGAAUGAUUGAUUGAUUGAUUGAGAUUUACGAUUCAUUUAUAAAGAUUUGAGCACCGACACACACACACACAUGUCGUUUGACCUUAUUGAUUUAGGAUUUGGAUUCGAUUGUCUGACCAAAUGUCGAUGACAUCAUAUGACAUGUUUUUGGCUCUUUUUCUUCAUUAUUUUGUGACACUUGAUCAUUUUGAUAGCUAGUUUCUAUAUAAAUAAAAGAUUUCGAACAUUGGGCAUUUAAUUUCACAACAAACUGGUCAUGAUGGUGGUGAAUUCAUUUGUUAAAGUGAAAAUUUUCAUAUUCAUUUCCAUAAUGAAUACAGCGAUGGGACAAUUAAGGAGAAAUUCCUAUCAAACCAUUCAACAACCGAAUCAAAAUCUAUUUUCAUCUUCAACAUUGUCAAUUGUACCAACAUCUGUAUUUGGAAGGAACUUUUUCCAGCCACAAUCAUUGAAUUCAAAUCCAUCAACUACAACUACAAAUGUAUUCAAUGACCGUGCAACGAUUCUGUAUAGGCCACAAACAUCAGUUAUUUUAAAUGAUGGCCAAGUGAAACAAGGAGAAUGUCCUAAAACAAGACCAGCUGGAAAUGGAUAUUAUACAUUCAAACAGUAUGAAGGCAUUUGGUACAAACGAUAUAGAAGCCGUGUACGAUCAGGCGAACCAUUUUUCAAAUGUGCAUGGAUCGAUUACAUUGAUCAAGGCGAUAACCAUAUAUUCAUUAUGGAUAAUCUACAAAAUAAUCGAACGGGUGAUUGGUUUCGACAGAAUGCCACUACAGAGGUAUGGCCAAAUGAUCCAACAACGUGGACUAGUACAUUAUCAAAUGGCGUCCGUUUUGACACGCAUCUAAUCUAUUACGAUGGCAACUUAGGUGUGGCCGUAAUCUAUAGCUGUUCACCAACAUCGGAUAAUGGUCACCAAGGUAUUGGCAAUAUUUACACACGAUCACCGACAACACCUUUAUCAAAAUCUUAUGUUGAUUUUCUGUUUGACAUUUUCUAUCAAAAUGGAAUAUAUGAUACAUUACCAUUACAUUAUGUUGAUCAGGAUAAUUGUAUGGGUGAAAAUUUGCCCAAACCAAGAUUCAGUAUGAUUUAAUUAUUGAUUGUGAUUCAUGGAAACAAACAAGAUACAAUAAACAAACAAUAAUAAUAAAACGAGCUUUGUCCAAAAUCGAAUGAAUAAAAAUCAAAAACAAUAACAAGGUUCCGGUCAAAUUUGGACAAAAGUGUUGCCCUCUUUUAUUCAAACCAAAUACUUUUUAUUGUGACAAUUUAUUUCAUGUAUAAAAUAAAGAAAGACUAUGAAUAUGAAUAUUCAAA